GGUGGGGAAAGGCCAGAACCUCGUGCGACCAGAGGGUCACAAGGCCCAGGCCAGACAGAAGUCCUCAAAGUGCCGGGGGCGUUCCUCCCACGCGUCUCCUCCCACUUUCGGGCCACAGAGACUCAGGGACAGAAGGGCCGCCCUCGUGCUCCGAGGCCCCGCCCCCCGCUCGGCCGCCCGCGCCUCCAGCGGAAGCCGGAAGCAAAAACAGGCCUUGCUAGCCCCCAGCUCCGAGCUCGGUGGUCUCGGAGGCUCUGCAAGAUGGGGCUGAAGAUGGCGGAAGAGGAGUUCCCCAAUACAACUCAUGAAGGUUUCAAUGUCACCCUCCGCACUACCCUGGUGGUCACUGCGAAACUGGUACUCCCGACCCCUGCCAGGCCCAUCCUCCCCGUGCAGACAGGGGAGCAGGCUCAGCAGGAGGAGCAGUCAAGUGGCAUGACCAUUUUCUUCAGCCUCCUUGUCCUAGCUAUCUGCAUCAUACUGGUGCAUUUACUAAUCCGAUACAGAUUACAUUUCUUGCCGGAAAGCGUAGCUGUUGUUUCUUUAGGUAUUCUCAUGGGAGCAGUUAUAAAAAUUAUAGAGUUUAAAAAACUGGCAAAUUGGAAGGAAGAAGAAAUGUUUCGUCCAAAUAUGUUUUUCCUCCUCUUGCUUCCACCUAUUAUAUUUGAGUCAGGAUAUUCAUUACACAAGGGUAACUUCUUCCAAAACAUUGGUUCCAUCACCCUAUUUGCAGUGUUUGGCACAGCAAUUUCCGCUUUUGUAGUAGGUGGAGGAAUUUAUUUUCUUGGUCAGGCUGAUGUAAUCUCUAAACUCAACAUGACAGACAGUUUUGCAUUUGGCUCCCUCAUUUCUGCUGUGGAUCCAGUGGCUACUAUUGCUAUUUUCAACGCACUUCACGUGGACCCAGUGCUCAACAUGCUGGUUUUCGGAGAGAGUAUUCUCAAUGAUGCAGUCUCCAUUGUCCUGACCAACACAGCUGAAGGUUUAACAAGAAAAAAUAUGUCAGAUGUCAGUGGGUGGCAAACAUUUUUACAAGCCCUUGGCUACUUCCUCAAAAUGUUCUUUGGCUCAGCAGCACUUGGCACUCUCACUGGCUUAAUCUCUGCAUUAGUGCUAAAGCAUAUUGACUUGAGGAAAACACCUUCGUUGGAGUUUGGCAUGAUGAUCAUUUUUGCUUAUCUUCCUUAUGGGCUUGCAGAAGGAAUCUCACUCUCAGAUCACUCUCUGGAGUCCCAUGUGGGUGCUCUUGUGAGCAGACCUUGCCAAAGAGGAAGCAGAGAGGACUCUGGCCAUUUUCACUGGAGAACUCUUUGCAUCAUGGCCAUCCUGUUCUCAGGCAUCGUGAUGUCUCACUACACGCACCAUAACCUGUCACCGGUCACCCAGAUCCUCAUGCAGCAAACCCUCCGGACCGUGGCCUUCCUGUGCGAAACAUGUGUGUUUGCAUUUCUUGGCCUGUCCAUUUUUAGUUUCCCUCACAAGUUUGAACUUUCCUUUGUCAUCUGGUGCAUAGUGCUUGUACUGUUUGGCAGAGCUGUGAACAUUUUCCCGCUUUCCUACCUCCUGAAUUUCUUCCGUGAUCAUAAAAUCACCCCGAAGAUGAUGUUCAUCAUGUGGUUUAGUGGCCUGCGGGGGGCUAUCCCCUAUGCCCUGAGCCUGCACCUGGACCUGGAGCCCAUGGAGAAGCGGCAGCUCAUCGGCACCACCACGAUCAUCAUCGUGCUCUUCACCAUCCUGUUGCUGGGCGGCAGCGCCAUGCCCCUCAUCCGCCUCAUGGACAUUGAGGACGCCAAGGCACGCCGCAGGAACAAGAAGGACAUCAACCUCAGCAAGACAGAGAAGAUGGGCAACACCGUCGAGUCGGAGCACUUGUCGGAGCUCACCGAGGAGGAGUACGAAGCCCACUACAUCCGGCGCCAGGACCUCAAAGGCUUUGUGUGGCUGGAUGCCAAGUAUCUGAACCCCUUCUUCACGCGGCGGCUGACGCAGGAGGACCUCCACCACGGGCGCAUCCAGAUGAAAACCCUCACCAACAAGUGGUACGAGGAGGUGCGCCAGGGCCCUUCGGGCUCCGAGGACGAUGAGCAGGAGCUGCUGUGACUGAACAGGGCACCAUGGCUUCUGGGCAGGCCGGCCUGCAGCGCUGCCGGCUGGCCUCCCCAGGGCCCCCGGGAUGGACACCCAGCACGGGCCCCUGGAGACACAUGCUCAUGGCACCCUCUUCAGGGGAGAUGAAAGGGUGAAGCAAAGGCCACAGUCUUCUCAGCCCAAAACCUCCUAGGCCUUUGGAGCCACCUGGCUGCCUCUGAAACAUGUCAUCUCCUCACCAAGCUCCUCAGAAGCUCUCAGUGUUGCUUCUCAGCCCGCAGAUUGGAAGGACUACCUGUCCAGGUAAAUUUUCCUUCUGCCUCUGCAUCCGGUUGAACAGUCACUGUCCAGCCAGGUACCUGAGGGGAGGAAGCCUGCAGUGGAGCCUGCCUUGACCGGGUGUGCAGGGAGCCCUGGUGCCGCUCCCGCCAUUGCUGGCACUGCCUUGCCCCGAGAGGGCCUGCGGAGGGGCCGCCCUUGCUGGAACAGCUGUCUGCACGAGCAGGGCAAGUAGCUUCCGGCCUCAGCGGCAGCGAUUCUGACCCCUGGCAGGCUCAGAAAUCUUGGAAACCUCACACUCCCUUUGUUAUGUUGCUUUCACUCCCUAAAAGAGUGACCCUCUUCUUUACCUCCACUUGGCACCUCACAGGCUGUCUCCGUGGGUGGCAGGCAGCUACAGUGUUUCUCUGGGAAUACUGUGAAUGUUUACACUGGUACUGAACAGGAGGGCGCAGGAUCCUCUCUCGAGCCCAGUGAGAAGCUGCGACCUCGGGUUUUCCGGUGGGGUGAGUGAGCCUAGUCUGUGGAGUCAGAGCGUCCUCUGGAGGGAAAAGCUAGACGUAACAGGGUUUAUGAGAUGUAGCACCUGCUGCUUUUGAAUUCAGUUUUAAUUCAUGAACUUGCACAAAGUCGUGAGAGCCUCCCAGUCUCCUCCCUGACCUCAGUUCCCUACCCAGGGGUCCUUGUUGUCCAGAGGCCCCUUUUCCUGGACUCUGGGGUCUGUCUACAAUCCAGCUGCUGUCACCCUCACUGCGUGCCAUCAUUUCCUCUUUCCCUCUCCCAGUUCUCUACUGUCUUGGGUCCCAUUUGCCCCAAGCCAGGGUCCCAACUCACCAGAGCCCUGGAGCAGGGACCUGAGCAGCAGUGCUGUGUGCCCCUCCGUGCCCCCCUCCCCUGGACUCCAGCACCCUGGAGCCAGCUGCACCCGGAGCCUCUCCUGUGAUCCCCAGGCCGCCAGCCUCCAGGACUCGCUGACAGAGUGCACAGUGGUUUUCUCUCACACACACACGCCCUGCCACCGCCAUGGUCCUGGCCCCACGGCCACCUCAGGGCAAGGAGCCGCCAAUCACGUCCAGAUGAAGUGGAGUUACUGACUUCUGCACCUGCUCCUCACCUGCCCUCUAGUGAGCCUCGUACCUGCUUGCCUUUUCCCAUUUACAGGCUGUUGGCAGUUCCCAUAUGUGGCUCUGGGUCCCAGCCAGAGCCUUGGGACUCGGCAACCUCUGGGUAGUUUAAUUCAUCAUGUGCAUGUCCUUGAUUCUCUGUGGGGAUACAGUGGACCAACAUGGACCCUGGGUACGCGGUCAGUAUGUUUCCAUCUCUUCUGCCUCAGACAGCAUGGCUGGGUGACAGGAGGGGCUGACCCCGGAAUCUCCAGGACUCUGUGCCCAGCCCCUGAGGCCAGGCCCCUACCCGAACCUUUUUCUUUCCCCACAGUGUUAAGUGUAAGGCCGGUCAGGCAGGAAUCACAUGCAUCCUUUUUUAUGCAUGAAAGUAAAUCUAUACUUAAUAGAGCUAAAAGAUGAUCAUUUUUCUUUUUGUAAUCUCCCACCUUAGCCCCAUAAUAUGAGCCAAACAGGAUUAUUUUACUCCACCUAAUACCCCCACUGGAGGAGUACUACCAUCCAUAAUUCUGGUCUCCAUUAUUUCCUGUUUUCUUUCAGUGGGAAAGCAAGAAAGUCAAGGGGGGGUGCCUUUUUUCCACACCCGGGGGAGUGGCUGCGAAUGUGAGACCAGAUUGUUCUCUCAUUCUCCAGCUCACAAGUAACCUACUUUCUACCCUGAGAUUCGGGGUCUGAUCUCAGAGGUGUAAAUUGUAUUGCAAACUCAGUAAUUGGCCAGAUUUUUUUUUUUUUUGGCUGUGAGUUCAUACUAAGCAAUGAAAACAGGAUCUUCUCAAUUCAGACUGCCCCUUGUCACCAGGUCCUGCCUGGCCCCCCACUUUUAUCUGAGACCUGGAAACGAUGCUGUAGUGGAGAAGCAUGUGAGGGCUUAGGGGCACCUUUCCCGGCGGGUACCCGCACCAGCCCGGAUCUCCCCUGAGCCUCUCCUGCCCCCUGCUGGCUGAGUGCGGGUGUAGCAGCCUGGGAGAGCGUCCCCUGGGGGACCAGAGUAACCGAUGCUCCUCAGCGGUCUUGUCUAGUCACCUUUGGAGCAGGCAAAAGCCCAUAGAGAUACAUUUUUCUGGUGGAUUUUUUCAAAUCCACCAACUUUUUUUCAAAUUUUGCCUAAGAAUCAAAAAGUGCUGGUUUCUACCAUUAGCGUACUUAAUAAUUAUAUUAUUUUGGGCAAUAAAUGCCUGAAAGAUUAAAAAAGUAAUACAGCAUAACUAACUUCCCACCUAUUUUCUUUAGGUCUAAGCCUUGGGACAGGAGAGCUCUAGCGUGUAAAAUAGGUAAUACUUUAGGGGGAGGUGAGCGCUAUGACGUCAGUGAGUGCCUUUGGGAGAGCCGGCUGGUUAGCCAGUGAACUCAGGAGCCAUGCCUGUCUUGGGGAGCUGGGAACCCGUGCAGCAAGCCCUACACCCCAAGGUUCCCCCUGUAGCCCUGUCUUUGCAGGAUCUCUGGUAACAGCCAUACUGUAGCUUAGGGUGUGAGGCUUUAUAGGGAAAGGAGCUCUUCCUAGGUCCCCAGAGAUCAAGUUUGGGGCUGGGCUGGGCAAAAGGAAGGUGGCUUAAUGCUAUAGUCUGGGGUUCAGACACUCAGCCUAGGGGCAGAACCAAAGCCCCCCAACCCAAGGCCAGCCACCUCUUUUCACAGUGGGAGUGUUGGCAAGGCCCUGGCCGAUAGGAAGCCAAGAGGCAGGGCCUGGCCCACAGUGUUGGCAACCCCUGAGUAUCCAGGUCAACCCAGGGAGGCCCUGGUUUGCCUGCAGAUUCCUUUGUGUACAAUAGAAUGUGCAAAGAUUGGUGAGUGGGCAAACUUUUCUCCAAAACCCACGUCAAAAAAGCCAUGUCAAAGAAAGACUUGGCCUCGUGAGGGCUUAGUUCCACAUUCCCACAGUGGCCCACACAUGCGGCAAAGUCCUCGGGUGGCCACAGCCUGGAUUCCACUUCUGCUUCGGUGGGAAGAGUGAGGGUAGGGCAGGGUGGCCGCUGGCUUUUCCUCAGCCGAGUCUUGGCCGUCAAAGGCAGGGCGGGGCUUGGGGUGGAUCUGGCUUAGAACUGGGCUUUGAUUCUGGUGUGAGGAAGAAUCUCUCCGCAGCUGUGAUCCACCUUUGAUUCGGCCUUUAAAUACAAAGAAAGGAGAAAAGGUGCCCUGAUCCCUCCCGCAUUCCCUCCAGAAUGCCGGCUGUGUUUCUUAUGCCGGUUGGUGGGUAGGAAAUAAAGUCUGAAACAUUUCUGAUGCAGCAGCCAGAUUCAUUAAGGAGUGGCUCCACCGGAAACCCAGGCUGCGAAGCCCCAGGCAGUACGUUUAAAUGAAAACACCAGUCGGAGUAAAGGCUUAAAGAGAGUGAGCGGCGGCACUAGCUCCCGUUUAGGCUCCUGCCUUUUCUCAUACGAAUGGAGUCAGGUAUUCAGGGGCCUCAUCGUCAUUGGCCAGGUGACAAAACAACAAAGAUGUUCUAAUUUUCCCUGACCCACCCCAUUUGUCACCCUUUUCCACCCCAGUGGACAUAAUCCCUGAGGGGAAAAAAUACUUGGCUGUUCUCACCCUUGAGGUGGGCUUCUCCCGAGUCGCUCUGCAGGAGCCCUGCCUGACUAAAGGUGAGAAAGCUGCACGCUGUGAUGGGACAGGGCGUGUGUGGAUUGGUGGUCAAGAGAGAAAGGUCACCUUUCAGCCCUGGGGGGAACCCAUGCUCCCGAGAGCUUGUCAGCCUUGUGGAAGACCACAUGGUCCUGUUCCUGACACUCCCUCAUCCUUGAUGCCCCAGCCCUGCUCUCACCACCCUGCACGGCCCAGAGGCCCAGGAAGGCUCCCACUCCCUCAGUGACUUUAACGGUUUCUCCAAUACAGCUCCUGCAGAAUUUGAUUUGUUUUUAAGGUUAAUCAGAGGCCUACAUUCUUUUGAGUACUUUUCUUUGUAAGUAUGAAGGAUGUUUUUUUUACAUACACCUUGUUGAUGUGUUUGAAGGACCAUUGGGAAAGUAAGGUGUAUUCUUUUGUCCUCCUGCACAUAUGUUAAUGAGUCAUCUGUCAUGCCCUGGUUCCUGAGAAAUGAUUUCUCUUCGUGAGGAGCUUCAGGUUAGGGAGGAGAGGAUGAGUGAGAGAUGGCAGGACCUGUAGCUGCCGUACUGGGGCCCCUGCAUCACCUCACUGGACUCUUUAAAGAAUUCAGAAAUGAAUGGGAAACAGUAAUGUCACUGGAUACUUCCUUAGGAAUAAAAAUGAAUGCUGCUGAA